GAGCUGGCUGAGCGUUAUGCGCCCCAGCUGGGUCUCUCAGCGCCGGAGGUAGGGGGCGCUCUGGAGUCUAUUCGAGCUCAGGCAGUGAGAAGAGGCAAAGGAAACAGGAAGUUCAGAGAGACGAGCGUGGCCACGCUGGAGCUGCUGCUGCCCCGAGACAAAGUGAAGGAUCCAAAAAAGAAGAACUUCCUGGAAACGAGGCUGGAUGUGACAGCGCAGCAGGUGGUGGACAGGAUCGUGGAGGAGUUUGGUUUGAAACAUCUCAAGCUCAUCCUGAAUGGCCGCACUCUGAACGUCGACCAGCAUCUGGAUCAGCAGGGCGUGAAGAACCACAGCAAGGUGAUGGUUCUGAGAGUGAGCGAUGCCGAGCAGGUCAGCAAGGAGGAGGAGGACAAGAAGAACCAGAGCGAGAGCAUCCAGAGGACCCAGAAGGGCUUCCAGAUCCUGUCAGAGAGAGAUGGCAGUGAAGAUCCAGAGAGCACUCCGUUCCUGGAGAUCGCAGACCAGAAGGGGAACCCUCUGAAGAUCCCUCACCUAGAGAAGAAGGCUCUGAUCCUGGCCAUGGGGUUCCACGAGAAAGGCCGCUCUCUAAUGAAGAGGAAGCAGUAUGACAACGCUCUGUGUCACCUACUGCAGGCCGACCAGCAGUUCAGUAAGUGCGGCUCGGCAUUGCUUGGCUCUGUGGACAACUACGCUGUCCUGCAGUUGGACAUUGUGUGGUGCUACCAGGCCCUGGAAGCCUUGUCCUGCCUGGAGGAUGGUCGGAGUCGCCUGCAGAGAGCCGAGGAGUGUUUCCUGAAGUGUUACGGAGAGCAACAGCAGAGGCUGCUCAUGAUCAAGGGCAACAUGGGCAGAGAAGAGGUUCUGUUCCUGCGUCUGCACCUCCUGCAGAGCCUCCUGAGUUACCUCGAAGGAGACGACUCUCAGGCCCGACGGCUGCUGUCCAAGGUGGAGUCUCUGUAUGGACGUCUCUGUCCUGACUCGGAGAAGAUGGCUCAGCUGAUGGACCUGGGUUUCACUGAGAGAGAAGCUCGGCUUGGACUGAGGGCCUCUGGAGGAGACCUGCAUGAGGCCGCCAUCCACAUCACCACCCGCCGACAGGAGCGCCAGGACCUGAUGCAGAGGGAGAGACAGAAGAGGAGGAGGAGGACAGAGUCCAUCACCACCCUGACAGAGCUGGGGUUCUCCAGGAGAGACGCAGCUCGUGCUCUGCACCAUGCCGAUGGAGACGUGGACAAAGCUUACUGCAUCCUGUUGGACUCGUCUCAGGUCGCUCAGACAUUCACCAGCCUAGAGGAUGUUCUCAGUCCUGAAAAGGUGGACCAGCUGCUGUAUUUGGGUUUUGAAAGGGACUCUGCUGAAGCGGCCCUCAGACUGACAGGAGGAGACGUCCAAUCAGCGACUCAGCUGCUUCUGGACAACCAGGGUGUCCUGUCCCCAGAUCUCCUGUCCCCACCCUCCACCUCUUCAUCCUCAUCUCCAUCCUCUGAGGAGGCCAGCACCUCCUCCACCUCUACAGGAGGAGUCUAG